AUGAUUGGGAGGGGGGGCCUUACAGUUCAUUCCUUGUCAUCAAUCCGCGUUUGGCUUAUUUCCUAGUGGAUUUUUCCCUUCUUUAUUACUUCAUUUUUUCUAGUGGAUUUGUUUGGUUUUCCAGUCACUAUCAGAUCUGCAUUUUGGCAUUCUUUGCUGGAAGAAAAACAUAGUACACAAAAUAAAAGCAUAGCCAUCUUCUUUUGAGUUCUAAUUGCAGAUAAAGUUUUCAACUCUGGGUUUGCUGUGGAAAAACAUCGAUUUUAGUUUGAUUGGGGAUUGCAGAAAAGGUUUCUAUUUUUGGUCGUGUUGUGGGAAAAAAAUUCACUUUUCAUGGAGAAAAGUGAAUUGGGCUUGGAAAAUGUUGGAGGCUUUUGGAAAGUGAAGUUGAGUUCUGUUCAUUUGUGGUGGAGUGGUUAUGAUGGUGGAAAAUUGCUGAGAUGUGAAUAUUAGUGUGAUUUUGUUGAUAUAAAAUAGUCUGCAUCUCAGUAGAAUUGGGAGUGUGUCCAAAGAAGGAGCUGGUGAGAAGCGGAAAUGGGAUCGAGGGAAGAGAGGCAUCGGCAUCAUCAUGAUCUUGUGCCAUUAGCUGCACUAAUCAGUAGGGAGUUAAAGAAUGAGAAAAUGGAGAGGCCAACAGUGAGAUAUGGCUCUGCAGCUCAGUCCAGGAAAGGGGAGGAUUAUUUUUUUAUGAAGACUGAUUGCCAGAGGGUUCCUGGAAAUCCAUCCACAUUCUUCUCUGUUUUUGGAAUUUUUGAUGGGCAUAAUGGGAGUGCUGCAGCGAUUUUUUCCAGAGAUCAUUUGUUAAAUUAUGUGUUGGACGCCAUUCCUCGUGGGCUUGGACGGGAUGAAUGGCUUCAUGCUUUACCUCGAGCUUUAGUUGCUGGCUUUGUUAAAACUGACAAGGAGUUUCAGAGCAAAGGAAAAACUUCGGGAACUACGGCAACAUUUGUAAUUGUGGAUGGGUGGACAGUUACAGUUGCAUCUGUUGGAGAUUCUCGCUGCAUUUUAGAUGCUCAGGGUGGCGGUGUGUCAGUCUUGACUGUUGAUCAUAGACUCGAAGAAAAUGCGGAAGAAAGAGAGCGUGUAACAGCAAGUGGAGGUGAAGUCGGAAGGCUUAGCAUUUUCGGUGGGACUGAGGUUGGUCCUCUACGUUGUUGGCCAGGGGGUUUAUGCCUUUCCAGAUCAAUCGGGGACAUGGAUGUGGGAGAAUUUAUCGUCCCAAUACCAUAUGUCAAGCAAGUGAAGCUAUCAAGUACAGGUGGGAGGCUAAUAAUUGCCUCUGAUGGCAUCUGGGAUGCAUUGUCAUCAGAAAUGGCUGCAAAAUCUUGCCGUGGGUUGCCUGCUGAUCUUGCUUCGCAGCUAGUCGUCAAGGAAGCAUUGAGGACACGCGGGCUUAAGGAUGACACAACUUGCAUAGUUGUUGAUAUAAUUCCUCCAGAUAACAGAGUCCCGCCUCCUCCUACACCUAAGAAAUAUACCAAACUUAAAGCCUUGCUCUUCAGAAAAAAAUCCUACGGAUCGGCAAAUAAAUUAUCAAUGAAGCUAGCCUCCGUGGGUAUUGUGGAGGAAUUAUUUGAAGAAGGAUCAGCAAUGCUUGCUGAAAGACUGGGAAAUGAUGACACCAGUGGUCAAACGAGCAGCCUUUUUGUCUGUGCAGUUUGCCAGGCUGAUCUUGCACCUAACGAAGGAAUCUCAGUUCAUGCUGGUUCCAUAUUCUCUAUGAGCUCAAAGCCUUGGCAAGGCCCUUUCCUUUGUGCCGACUGCCGUAAUAAGAAGGAUGCCAUGGAAGGGAAACGACCAAGUGGAGUUAGAGUAGUAUAAUAUGUGUGCCUUCUCCUUAUCAUCCACUUCUUUUCUGGUCCUUUUCUUCCCAUUACCAUUCUUUCUCCUUGAUUCACCAUUUUUCUUGACUAGGUGAUUAUUUUGGAUGUCAAUAUAGUGUUGUAAUGAUGUCAAUAUAUUCUUGCAAAUAAUAUAUGAAUGUAUCAUAAUGAGUAGAACCAAGGAGUCCAUUCUUUUAUCAAGGUCUCUCAGUACAGUGAAACUGUCUGCUAUCUAUCCAGAAUUUUAUAAGAUGAAGAAAAUUGAAGAUU